AUUUCCGUUUAAAAUCAAAAUGGAGGGGAAUUGCAAUAAUGCAAUUCAAUCAUCAAAUCCUCCUAAUUUCACAUUUUCUUUCACUGGUGCAAAUAAAGAGGGACUUUUCGGUAGGUCUGUAAUGAACCAGAAUGAAAAACAGCAAACAGGAGGAAGUCAAAAAGAAAAGUUAACCCUUUUUGGUAAAGAAAUUGUUGGUCAAGAUAGCAACAAAGCUCCAAAUUGGAAUCCUUCAGUUUCUUCAUCAAAUGCACCUAACUUUGAGUUUAGCACGAGCUCUAAAAGUACUUUUGGAUUAUUUGGAAAGCCUGCAAACAAGGAACAAGACGGUGCAUCUUUGUUUGCCUCUGAUGAUGGCAAUCAGAGGCCUAAGACAGGUUUGUUUGGAAAAGAAGUUCAAAAUGAAAAUAAAGGAAAAUUUUUCGACACAAGAAAACAUUCUCAAUUAUCUAGUACAUCGAAGUUUUCAUUAUCAAAUAAUGAAGGGAGUACCUCUAAGAGAAUGCUUUUUGGUAAAGGCAAUUUAGCUCAGGAUGAGAAGGUUGAGAAAAAAAUAGAUGAACCUGCCACGGUUGAUAAGCGACCGUUAUUUAAUAAAGGAGCUUUAUCUGAAGGUGAAACCAAGAAACAGAAGAAAGACUGGUUGUCUACAAACUUACAUGAAAGAUUAUUCAGAAGAGCAGUGCCUGGCCUAGGCAGUGACAGACCAAAAUUGGUUUUCAUUUGUAAAAAAAUACCUAUAAAAUUUAAUAAGAAAGACAUUCUGAAUAAGCAUUUUAAAACAUUUGGUCAAGUGACCAAAAUAUCCAUAAAUUCUUUCAAGCAAACGGCAAUUGUACAUUUUGCUGAUACAAGAUCUGCAUUGGAAGCCAAAAAACAUGGAACUAGAAUACAUGGUAUGGAUCAUGACAUAGAAAUUGUUUGGGCCAAAACAAACCCACCAUCUAAUGCAAGUCAGAAUGUUCCACAGCGGUCAGGAGCUUCUGAAGUCGCUAAUAAGGGAAAUAUAAACGAUGAACUAUUAACAAUGAAAGGCACAACAGAUAUAGAGGCAGACUUUAAUUUCCCUGAUUCAACUGUUGAAAGACUACCUCUUAGAACACGGCCCCGGCCAGCUUCACCUGUCAGGGUGGAUAGUCCAGUUAAUAGUCGAAGCGUUAGUCCUGCUCCAAUUCGUUACAAUGAGCUUGUCACAGGUAAAAAUGCGGGCGAGAAAUGGCUCGUAUUAGACAAUUAUGACAAGAAAUAUCGAAAAAAUUUCAAAGAUAAGCCACGAAGAGGGCAUGUUAUGGGAACUUGUCCUGAUAUGUGUCCGGAAAAAGAGCGAUAUUUCAGAGAAGAUAAAAGGAGAUUGUCAAUAUAUGAGGUUGUUCCUGGACAUGAUAUUGUAGAUCAUUCACGAGCAGUUAAAGAAUACAGUAGAUCAUCAGCUGAUCAAGAAAUGCCUUUACCCCAUGAAGUUCGUCCAGUAUAUGUUCUUGAAAAAACUAUGAACUAUUUACUUCAAACUGUUUUGAAGAUGCCUGACGAGGCUCAUUGGGAUGAAUGGUACGACUUUUUAUGGAAUAGAACAAGGGCUAUUAGAAAGGAUAUCACUCAACAACAAUUGUGCGAUACGUCAACCGUAAGUUUGGUCGAAAAGUGCGCAAGAUUUCAUAUCUAUUGCUCCCAUCGACUAUGCGAACUUCAUAUGGCUGUGUUCGAUAAAAAAAUUAAUGAUGAAAACUUGACAAAAUGCUUGCAAACCCUAAAGGAACUGUACAAAGACUUAGAAUCGAAAGGAAUACUUUGCCCAAACGAAGCAGAAUUUCGUAGUUAUAUUGUUCUUAUGAAUUUAAAUGGUGGUGAUUGUUUAAGAGAAGUUCAGCAGUUAAGAUUUGAAGUUAGAGAAUCUAAACAAGUUCGAUAUGUUGUCAAAGUUCAUCAAACAUUGAAUGCCAAUAAUUAUGUACGAUUUUUUAAACUUGUAAAAAAAGCAUCUUUUCUACAAGCAGCUAUACUACAUCGUUAUUUCGUUCAAGUUAGAACUUUUGCUUUGAAAGUUAUGUGUAAAGCCUAUACUGCAAAUACUCAGAUACCAAUUGGAGAUCUUGUGGAUCAAUUAUGUUUUGAGGAUGAAUUUCAAGCUCAAGAAUUUUUCCAUCACUUUGAAAUUGAAACAACUAAUCAGCAUGUUGUUUUAAAACAAAAAUCACUAAUUAAACCAGAAGCUGAAUUUAAAUUAAAAAGAGCUAUACAACUAGUAGAAAGUAAAAUGGAGGAACCGUUGGAGGAAGUUAUAAACGGUGGUCCUUUAGAAAAGCUAAAUGUUGAAGAACCUUCAUCCAGCUUCGACAAAGAUGGUCGAUUUUACGUUCAAGCUUAUAUGCAAGUAGCACCAACAGAAUCAGAGCCAACUGAAAGUGCUGAAAAAUCUGAUGAAGAAGUUAUAAAUAGUAUAUUUGAAAAUUUUCUUAAUGAAACCUGUAGAGAGACCAUACUUACGAUCAUUGAAAGUGUUCACAGUGACGAAAAGCUUAUUUCAAAUAUUAGAAUUAAUAUUUGCAGUGAGCUUAUCACGACAACCGUUAAUUCUUACAUAGCCGAAAUAUGCCAAGAAUGCAAGAGAGAGGAAGUUGAAAUUCAUCAUAGAAAUAGGGCUGAAGCUGCUGCAAUUAAACAAGCAGCUAUACAAAAUUGCACAAAUUCAUUAACUGACCUUGUCGUAAAUGAUUUAUGCCGAGAGAUCACUUCAGAAGAGUUGCAUAGAGCCGAAAGAGAAUGGACUGAAAAAUUUAAUCUUAGUUAUUCAGAAGAACUUUUGUCCAGUUUAGUAGAAGAUAUUGUAGUCACAGAUGCCAGGCACCUUUCAUUUACUAUUCAUGAAAAGUCAAUUCAAGAGCGAAAGCAAUUUUUGCAGAAUGCCCUUGAAAAAGUACAAAUUUUAAGACUUGGUAAUUUAUGGAAAUCAUGGAAAUUUGUGCUGAAAAAGCAAUUACAGUUAAAAUGGAAUAUGAAGCAUUUUCCGUCUGCGCCACCUAUUUUAACAACAUCCGAACAAUUAAAUUCAUUAUCACAAGGAAUUCGAUUAGAGGGUGAUAAUAUACAUAUAGGACACGCCAAAGUGACUGCAAAGAGAAUAAAUGAUAUUGCCUAUGCCGACUUGAAUAUUAAAAAAGCGAUUGAAGAAGCAGAAAAGAGACUGUGUGACUUAGAACACAAGUUUUUGUCUCCAUUAUCCUUAUCUUACUCUAUAGGCUCUCACUUGGCAAAGAACUGUAAGAGUAAGCAUAUUUACUGCAAAAUAUUAUUAGCUCACCCAGAGACUGAUCAUAAACUUACUCAGUGGUUAAAGCAAAAAUUCUCUCAAGGAGCAAUUGAUGAUGAAAGAUUUAAUAUCCAAAAAAGCAAACUAUUGAGUCUAUAUACAACAGACAUUGAAAAUAAAAAAAUAACCUUUUGUAUAAGAACUCUUCAAGGAAUUGGUUCAAAUGAUGCAACUUUGAGACAAGUGUUCAAAGGAACAUCAGCCGUUAUACUGUGUACAAGCAGUGAAACUGGAAUUGAGCUUAACAAGCGAAUAGAUUAUAUACGAACGUUACCAUUACAAUCUCAGAUUCCAAUACUUGUUAUGUCAUCGAACCUAAUUCAAUUUCAAAAACUACAAGGAUUUUCCGACUUUCGAAUGGAUAUUUUACCAUUCGAUAACAAAGUUAAAACUCUUGAUAUGCUGGAAGAAAAUCUCGAAUGGCUGGCUUUACGUUUACCAUGUGAAAUUUUACUGAAAUCUUCCGAUUUGUGCGAUUACGUAUCAGAUAUUUUACAAACUGAAUAUUUCAAUUUAGUUUAUAGAGACUUAAUGAAACGACGAAAACAGAAUCUACUUGAUAGAGGACCUCAAAUUAUGAUUCAGUUUUAUAAUGACGUUCUGAAAUAUAUUGCUGAGAGUAUUAUUGCUUCUAGUGAACUGUCAUCUUGGCCUAUAUAUGAACUUGCUGAAAGUAACGAAGGUUUAUAAUAUCAAACAAUAGCUAAACAUUUGUAUUGAAAUAACUUUGUCUAAUUUUAGAUUUACCACCAAACAAUUGGAAUGAUUCACAUAUUAUUGAGUACAUAACAGAUUUCAUAUUUUCAUUAACGUUACCUGAUUUUGAAUUCACUAAUGAAAAAACUGAAAAUUGGUCGGAUGUUGUUAAUGAUGUGACAGAUUUUCUUGAUGCUGCAAUAUCAACCAGCGACCUAAAUUCCAGUCUGUUAUAUACAAAGUAUGUAAUACUUUUACUAAAUUAUUAAAAAUUAUUUUAAUCAAUCUUUUAAAAAUUCUAGAGUAAAUCGUCUUCUGCAUAAAACUAAAGUAGCUUUCGAGGAGAGAGUCCUUUGUGAAUGUGAAUUACCAAUUAUAUGUGUUCCGUGGACAGAGAUAAUUUCUUCUUGUAUCAAUCAUCUCAUAUCGAAUUUCAGGAUAUUAUCAAAUGGUAUCAAAGUCUUUUUAAAUCCCGCCAGAAAGGUUGUUUACAAGCCGCCAAAUGCGUGGAUCAGCGAAGUCUUAAGCCAACCAGAGUCUAUGCUAGAUGCCACAAUUGCAGAAACUGUUGCCAGGAACUUGAAAAGAAAAAGUAUAGAGGUCAAAGAACCCUAUAAAAAGAAGAAAUUUUAUAUAAAUGACGAUACAAAUUCAUCUUUACUUGAAGUUGCUUGCAGCGUUGACCAAUUAUAUGAAAGUAUCGUAGAAGAAAAACAGGAAAUGGAAAUCGUUAAUGAAAUUAUUAACAUAACAACAGAACAAAGUAAAAAUUCACAAAAUCCAUCAUUUAACAACUUAGAGGAAGGACUUGAAUUGCUAAAUUCUGCCUUAGAAAGAGAAAAACUUGAGGAAACGAUUUUAACACAAAAACUCCAAUUUCUUUCUCAAUAGGCUACAUUGAGAAUAUGAAUUAUGUUUUUAUUGUUAUUUCUGUACAUUUUCGUAAACGACGAGUAGUGAAAAAAAGGUUUUUUUUCACAAAAAAUAUACAAGAAAUUUAGGAUUAAUUUCAUUUUUUAUGUGUAAAUUAAUCGUCAUAAAAUAAUUCUUUUAUUAC